AUGGAUGCCGACGGAAAAUUUCCAGCGCCUUUCUUUAUUGAACAUUGCACUCGAAUCUUGCAAGAUGAAAGAAACAGAUUCGGUAAUCGAAAAGCACUCGAGUUUGGCGGUGGACCAAGUCUAUGGCCAUCGUUUCUUCUGGCUCAAUACGUCGAUUCGAUUCGAUUUUGUGACUACGCCAAAUCCAAUCUCAACUCUGUUACUGAUUGGAUUGAACAGAAGCCGACCGCUUUUGAUUGGACGAAUUACUUCGAAAGCGUUCUUACAGUUACCAGAAGUCCAAAGGAAAAACGUCUAGAAUGGGAAUUCCGCCUUCGCGAUGCUCUUUGCCGAGGAGGUUUAUCGACAUGUGAUGUUAAUGAUCCCAACUGUCCAGUAUUAAGUGGCAAAAGCAACGACUAUGAUAUCAUUUUUAGUAGUCUUUGCUUGGAAGCUGCUUGUUUAACGAUUGAAAUUUUCAAUGAAACCAUUCGAAGACUUGUUCGAUUACUAAAGCCAGGUGGCCUUCUUCUAAUCGUCAUGGUUCGAAAUGAAUCAUUUUAUUACGUUGACAAAGAAAAAUUCUUUUGCUUGCCAUUGGAUGAAGCAAAUGUAGAAAAUGCAUUGCAUGCAACUGGUGAACUUACGGAUAUUCAUAUUGUUAGCUUGGACAGGAUAAUCGAUCAUAUGAAACGUCAUACGGUGUCCGAUUAUAAUGGGAAGAUGGUAAUACGUGCAUAUAAGUGUUCGGAACAAACAAAUGAAACUGAACUAAUUGUAUAA